AUGGAUUCAAGGGCAUUGACGGUGGUUGCCGAGGAGUCAAGCAGUAGAGAGCACGUGGGAGGUAUUGGGUACGUCAGUGAAGUGAGCGGUUACAUGGCGUCAGUUGGUGUGGCGAGCGGAGACCGCACAAAUGCGAUCUUGUAUCCAGAAGCGACGCGUGAGAGUUGCGAGCCAAUCAGGAGUGACCAAAGAUCGCAACACGAACCCAACGUGCAGAGGAAAAGCGACGAGAAGACGGAGAGCGGUGAGACUUCGAGAUUUGCGCAGGAGAGCAGUAGCAGAUUGAAUCUCACUUCGAGAUUUGCGCGGUCGAGCACAGAGGCGAAGUAACUGCGAGUACGGAGAAGUGCGAGGUAGUGAGUAGGGUGCACGAAGCGGUCAGAGGACCAACACGAGAAGAGAGAAGGAGAAGAGAGAGAAGAGGUGCGAUUGGACGGACGAUCAGUCGUCAGUGCAUUGGUGGACGCGUGGGGCAACGACAGCGACGGGCGACGAGACCAGGAGGAGAGGACCCUCCGAGUUACUGUGUGGCUGCGAGCCGUAGGGUAGGCGCCAGAGGCGUAAUCCAAGUGGCUUUAGUAAGCGAGGUUUAGUGGGACCCGAAUCGUCGGUGCUUUGCGUGGACAGAGUUGUGCUGGGGGUGGAUUAGAAGGACAGGAGCACGGAGAGUGGGCGCUCGAUAAGUUACGGACGCGUGGCGAGUCGGAAGCGUAAGAGUGAGACUGAGUAGCGGUGUAUUCCGGGAAAGAAGGCCCAGAGAAGAACCGUGGCAAUAGGUCGAGAGUUGAGAGGGUGAGUCAGGUGAGUGAAAGGCACGCCACCGAGAGCGAGUUCGCGGCUGCUAGUCACAACAGGCCAGAGUCACAAGAGUUGAGGAGAGAAGUAAAUAAAAUAGGGACGAGAGUCCCGGCACCUUUGCGAGGGGCC